GAAUCGUUAGUAUUCAGCGAUACCCGCUACGGGAAGCGUUAACGUUUCGAUGUACGGAUUGUUAGCAGUUAUUUCUCUAGCCAUCACGGUGGUGAUGGCGGAACCGUCCACCGCCCCGGAACCGUUUCUUCUUGGUGGAAUUGUAACAAUGUUCGGAGAAUAUCCGGCAGUGGCGUACAUUGAGACUCCCGAUCGAUCAGUUUGUGGAGCUGCUGUGCUAGAUGACCGUCAUGUUGUCACCCUGGCACAGUGCGUACUGAAUGUGACUCAUCAUCUCCACAAUCCCCGGCUGGUUCGAGUCAACGCUGCAGAAAUCCGACUUAUACCCAUAUCAGCAACGCGGCAAUCGAGUCUCGGUGCCGUCAUUUAUGUCCACCCGAAUUACAAGCCACAUACGCACGAAAAUGAUAUAGCGGUUAUUCGAGUUCAGGUUCCAUUCCUUCUCCCCAGUAAUGAAGUAGAGCCAGCUAUUAGACGUACUCGCAUUGUAGCUAAUGGAGUUACCUGCCAAAUGACUGGUUGGGGAACAGCGACAGCGGUGGGAAACGCGAUCAUUGCGGAGCAACGUUUUCUACCGAUGGUUAUCAACGAUCGUGAUGUCUGCAACGGCGUCAGACCAUUUUCGCGGGUUUUCGAAAAUAUGAUCUGUGCCGGAAACUUGAUAGCAGCCGAAAAUGGACCAGCACCAUGUGCGGCCAGUAUCGGUUCUGGGUUAUACUGCAACGGCGAACUCACCGGUUUACUUUCGUUUGGAAUGAACUGCGGUACGGCGAACAAUCCUCCAACAUUCACUCAGAUUCGUUUUUUCAAUCCAUGGAUCAAUCAACAGCUGAACAGAACUGACAUACCUCCCGCAGGAUGGUCACCGUUGGAUGUAUGAAUAAAUAAAUCAAUUUAAGAAAUAAUAAAAAUUUAUUCAAUCUUGCAAGAAA